CUUUAGGCUCCGGUAGCUUUCGGGAUUUAGCGACAGAUGAAUAUCAGGAGGGAGAAAAUACAUUGCGCCUAUUUUCCCGAACUUGUCCUGUGCAAGACCAUAUCAUCUCCGUUAGUUCCGAGCCAUCUAAAUGAGUCAGAAUUCAAAUUUGUUUCACAUUUGAGUCGCUGAAGCGAAGUAAACUGAACUCCUCUUGGGCCACUGCCUCCUUUAAACUUUGGGAGGCUCUUGGGGCAAUAAUUCACAAAAAGGAAUGCGAACUCGCCCAAUUAAAGUGAGGAGUCAAAGCACGCAAAAAGCAAAGCGAAAAUUCCUCAGCAGGAGUUCGUGUGAUUCCGGUGAUAUCCCCUCAGCCAACGGCAGUCACACCGAAGGCUUUGAGUAGGAUGACUCGCAUUAGCCUCAGUUCAACCACCCCAGGGCUGAAACCGGGCAAAACCCCCACGAUUGGGUUUCUGAUGCCUCACAAGCACCACACCAUCAGUUGUCUAGUCUGGUACGGGAGAGGUGCCGUGUUUGGGCACCAACACGGAGGUGUUCAUGGGCAAGCUCACGUAUCAGAGGGCAACGGGCUCGUCAUUGGGUCAAAGCCUGGGGUGAUUCGCUUCCCGUCGAUGAAACGAAGGAUUUCGAUCGCUUCAGACCGGAGAUCACGAUGGGCUGAUUCAGCAAAUGACCACGUGAUUCAGGGGGAGCCUCAGACGACCAGCCUCUUCAUGGCGUCACUUUCACCCUUUCGCAUCCCAAGAGUGCAAAGCUUUGAUUUACGAGUGUCAUGAGCCGGGAGGCAUUUUAUUAUUACGUGUUGCUGACGGAGCAGGACAGGCUAGAAGAGAAGGGAUUAUUUGACCCCGGUUGAGCAUUAAUCUGUGGCUCCUUAAUAAACCUGUAUUUCGGCGCCUAUCUUUGCAGCAUUUAACCGCGUGAGCCAGAUUUGAUGUUAUUAUCCGCGCGCAUUUGGGAUCGUCCUUAUUUAUGCCUGAUGACAUCUGGUUAUACGGGGCGUCGAAUCAUGUUAAUGAAAUCAGGAGAGCGUUGAGCGCUCUCAGAUCAAAGCUGCA